UUGGGUUACAGCGCAACUGAACUGAACGCCACAGUGCUGUCGCGCGCUCAGACGCACCAGCAGAUCUUGAGAGCUGGAGUUUAAUUCUGCUGCCUUGCGACUCAUUUUCUGCCUGUUUCUUACAUUGUCUAUGAGUCUUAAUCCAAGAAACAUUUGCAUAUCGCUUAGUGACAGUUUUGGACCAGGUUACGGAACAUUUUUUUUCUUUUAUACCUACUCUGGAUGUACAUUGUGACCAACGAUGUUUCAAUGGACCUGAAUGAGGAAGGAUUAUCCUUUUCAUCGUCAAAACAAUAAAUUGCGUGUUUGAACGAACUUACCAACGGAUAAAAAGCGCAAUGCUCAUCGCCGCGAUUUACCUCGUUUUACCGCUGCUGGAUGUGCUGUUAUCUGCCGAGGAGUCUUACUUUACUAGCUCAAACCGGCUGGACUGUGUGAAGGCGAACGAGCUGUGUUUGAAGGAGCCGGGAUGCAGCACGAAGUAUCGAACUAUGAGGCAGUGCGUGGCGGGGAGGGAGAGCAACUUCAGUAUGGUGACUGGUGUGGAGGCGAAGGAUGAAUGCCGGCUUGCACUGGACGCUUUAAAGCAGAGCCCUUUGUAUAACUGCCGCUGUAAAAGAGGCAUGAAGAAAGAAAAGAACUGCCUGCGCAUCUACUGGGGGAUCUAUCAGCAUUUACAGGGGAAUGAUUUACUUGAGGAUUCUCCAUAUGAACCUGUGAACAGCCGGCUUUCUGAUAUAUUUCGACUGGCUCCCAUCUAUUCAGAGGGAGGGACUAGUGGCGGUCCCUGGAGCAGUCCCAUCACCGUGGCCCCAGGGAGAGGGUCCAAGGGCAGGUCAAGACCACUUGAGCCUCAAGACCCCAGUAGAAACAGGAGGGCGCACCCAAACUGGGCUAUUCUUGGUGAGCCAGCACUAGCAAAAGAGAACAACUGCCUGAACGCAGCGAAGGCUUGCAACCUAAACGACACCUGUAAGAAAUACCGUUCGGCUUACAUAAGCCCCUGCACGAGCCGAGUAUCAACAGCUGAAGUCUGCAACAAACGGAAGUGCCACAAGGCCCUGCGGCAGUUCUUCGACAAGGUGCCGCCCAAGCACAGCUACGGCAUGCUCUUCUGCUCCUGUCCUCUGGGGGAUCAGUUGGCCUGUUCUGAGCGCAGACGCCAGACCAUCGUACCAGCCUGUUCAUAUGAGGACAAGGAGAAGCCCAACUGCCUGACACUGCAAGCGUCCUGCAAGACCAACUACAUCUGCAGGUCUCGUCUGGCAGAUUUCUUCACUAACUGUCAACCUGAGCCCCGCUCUCUCUCUGGCUGUCUGAAGGAGAACUACGCUGACUGCUUGCUGUCGUACUCUGGCCUCAUUGGCACGGUGAUGACCUCAAAUUAUCUGCGUUCAUCCAAGAUCAGCGUGUCGCCAUUCUGUGACUGCAGCAGCAGUGGCAACAGCAAAGAGGAAUGCGACAGAUUCACAGAGUUCUUCACUGACAACGCCUGCCUGCGUAAUGCAAUCCUGGCUUUUGGAAAUGGGACAGACGUGAGCGUGUGGCAGCCGAUGCCCCCAGUGCAAACAACCACCUCUAUGACAACACCAUCCCAGAGGAACAGGGAUCGAGGCAGAUCACCCAACGCCAUAGAGCCAGCCACACACAUCAACCAUCUCAACCCGGCUGAGAACUCCCUCUACCAGUUCUGCGGAAGCCUCCAGGCUCAGAAGCUGAAGACAAACAACACAAUAGAUGUGUUAUGUGUGGACCCACAGAUCAAUGACCCCAGUUCCUCCAACGCCAUCUCCAGGAACUCUUCCACUCGGGAGACGUCUCUAUCAGGCCUUAGCUCUCUGCUGCUCCUGCUGGCUACCACCUUGUACUGCAUCUUCACAGUAACGAUGUUGUAGCCACCUAAGAACAUAAAACACGGACAGUCACAAUUUGUACAAAGUCGAUUGCUGUUCCUGGUCAAUCUGUUGUACUCUGUACUCUCUCUUUCUCUCUCUUAGUCCCUCCCUUCCUCUCUCUUGCUGUUCUGUUUUUUAAAGAGAUUUUCUUGAUGUUGAUGCAACGAAACAAAGUGGUCUUGGUGUACUCGAGUUUCUGUCUCUUCCCUCCUGAUUUUGCAUCGGAAGAUGAAACGUGAAAGAAAUGUGAGAGAACCUCGGAAUCAUUGCAGCAUUGUCAUGUGAUGUUGCGCCGUCUAUACAACCGCUGGUGUUUUGAGGGCCAGAAAUCAUAAGGACUCCUGUCACCGCAUAGAGAGCAUAGAAUCUUAUCUGUGCAUAUGUGCACUAUGCAUUGCUCACUGGUACACAAAGACACAGCAAAAUUGAGACCAAGACACAAUAGAACAUAAUUCCUGAGAUGUGUCACUGGCUCAUCUGUAGGUCAAACAGUCAAACAUAUCGAAAGACAUUUACAAAACAUCUAGUUGUAGAAAGUGAAAGGAGAAUUUAGAGAGAUCAAGAGUUUUUGGAUGACCAACAGGACAGUAGCUUGUCUGAAAAUACAAGAAGGAGCUUAUUUGACCAUUUUAUUCUUGUUUGUCAUGGUGUGUUUGCGUGUGGCUGCAUGUGUGAAUGUGUAAUGUUGUCUGUACAUCUGUUUGUUUGAAUGUGAGGUUGAGGUCAUGGGUUGACUGGAUGGAUAUGUCAAUAGAACUGGGGUUUCGUAACUCCUGUGUCACAGAUUACAGGAGAAAACAUAGACUGAGGCCAGUCAGCAGCAUUGAUUCUUGUGUAAUCAGACGAUGUGUCAAGGUUCUAUGUUACAAUUACAUAUAUAAGUAUCUGUAAAUUGCACAUCACCACUCACCAGACUAAACCAACAGGCAUCCGCGUAUCUAUUAAGUGUAUAUUGCCUUUCUGAUGUUGCUUUGACAGGGAUUUUCAUACUUCAACCCAAACAAAUCAUGCAAACUAGUCAUGUAUGUAUUAUAAACUGUAGCCAGUUUUUUUGUACUGUAUGUCUAUACAAAAGUUACUGAAAGAGUCAGUAGCGGUGAUCUUGCAUCACAAUUAUUUGAAAUCAGUGAGAAUUCUUUCAAAAACAUACCCAGAAGUCUUAUGAGCCAUGUGCAGUUUAACCACCUCAGAGGUACAUGUUAAAAGAGUCUAUGACAUGCUGCUUUGGUUCAUGUGGCAACUUGAACAAAAAUAAUUUAUUGUUGUACUCCAUGGUAUUUACGGGACAUUUUAAGUGCUACAUAAAAAACAUACACACACAAACAUAUAUACUUCUACAUGAACUAUGUUUAUAGAGCCUGCUAUAUUUGCAUUGGGAUCUGGUUAUUCAAUGUAUUAUCAUAUUGGAUGAGGAUUUAUUGCUUUUCUCAGUAACUAUAUAUACAGCAUAUAUUUUUGUUUAGAGACUACAGUACAAAACAGUACAAGACUUGCAUCUGUAAUUAUUUGCUGUCCUGUCCUAUAUCCCAAAUGAAGAAAAUGUAUAACAGCCAUUUAUUUACUAUAACACUAUGUUAUUGUUUCAUGGUAAGCCAAAAAGAAAGGGAAAAAAUAUGUUUUCAUUAUGAGUUUAUUUAUUGUUAUGUUGUUUUUUCUGCUGGUAAGCAGUACAGGAACUUUAAAAGUACGAACAUUAAAAAACCAAGCAUGAGUGAUGGAAAUGCAAUAAUG